AUGCAGACGCCGCCCCAGUUCUCAUCAUAUUCCUACCGCAUACACGCCGCCGUCAUCAUCCGCCGUGUGUGCCCUCUCCUCAUGGGCGGUGACUUGGACCCCGACGAGCUGGAGGCUGGAGACCAAGCCAUAGCCACUUGGAACCUCGACUCGCCCAAGGCAUCCUGCGACACGAGCGGAGAAGUCGACCACAUGCUGCUGCAGGCCCAUCUCCUCGUACAAGUCGCAACCCUUUUCCUGCAUGUCCCGCGCACCAACCUGCCCCUAUCCGCACCUCGCGCCAUGGACGUGACGUGCCUGGGAGGCGGCAACCAAGGAACAGAGACAUGUGGCCUGCACAUCAUCAAGUCGGUCGCGGCCUCGAAAGGGAUCUGCAACCUUGCGACGAUCCCAUGGCUCCAGGAAAGUCACACGCCGUUGCUCCUGUGCGGCUUUGUCCUGGGGUGCGCCGUGCAACUUGCCGUCGCCUCAAGCCGCUCCGGUACAAUCAGCCCAAAGCAGACACAGCAGUGCCGCCAAAGAGUUGUGUUGAUGCUGAGCGCGCUGAAAUUCCUGGGAGGGACCUGGCCGCUGGCCCAGGAUGCAAUGCUCCGGUUUCAGCCGAUUGCUCAUGCGGUUUUCAGCCCGCUGACCACGAGACACGAUGAGCCCGACAGACCAACCGACAAUUGUAUCACCGUCGAAGGAAGAGGGUCCGACAUUGGACAACAAGCCAGUCGCGGAGACUCUGCCCAAAUCACUGGGCUCACAGGCGAAGAUUACCCUUGUAAUAUCGACUGGCUCGACUUUUUUGCGUCCGUCGACGUGGAUGAUACUCUGCUUCAGCGCACUUCCGUAUCGUAA